GUCUUUAUAUAUAUCCAAUAAACCAUCACGGGUUACUACAAAACAACAUGUGUUUCAAACCUCAAUCCCUAUAAAACUAACCCAAAACCCAACCCAUAUUUCCCUCGAACCAAAAUAUGGCCCUUAAAAACAGAGCAUCCUCUGUUAAAAACAGAGCAUCCCCUGUUUUUGCCAUUCUUGCAAUAUUCAUGCUAUGUAUAACCAAUACUUCAGCCCAAAACAACCCGGUUUUCGCAUGCGACACCGAUAAAAACCCGGGCUUAAAAAACUUUACUUUUUGUGAUCCAUCUUUAGAUGUCAAGACCAGAGUUGAUGAUUUGGUUAAAAGACUCACAUUGCAAGAAAAGAUUGUCAACUUGGUUGAUAAUGCUGGUAGUAUAGACCGGUUAGGAAUACCGAAAUACGAGUGGUGGUCCGAGGCUUUACAUGGUGUUUCAUACGUUGGGCCGGGGACCCAUUUUUCGGGUUUGGUCCCUGGAGCCACUAGCUUCCCUCAAGUCAUUCUCACUGCCGCCUCUUUUAAUGAAACUUUGUUUAAAACUAUUGGAAAGGUGGUUUCAACUGAAGCUAGAGCAAUGUACAAUGUUGGUUUGGCAGGGCUAACAUAUUGGUCACCUAAUAUAAAUAUUUUCCGUGAUCCAAGGUGGGGUAGAGGUCAAGAAACCCCGGGUGAAGACCCGACCCUAACAAGUAAAUAUGGAGCGGCUUAUGUUCAAGGUUUACAGGAGAGCGAUGAUGGUGAUAAAGAUCGGCUCAAAGUUGGUGCUUGUUGUAAACAUUACACGGCUUAUGAUGUCGAUAAUUGGAAAGGCAUUGACCGUUACCAUUUCAAUGCCGUGGUUACAAAACAAGAUAUGGAUGAUACAUAUCAACCACCAUUUAAGAGCUGUGUUAUAGAUGGCAACGUUGCAAGUGUGAUGUGUUCUUACAAUCAAGUGAAUGGCAAACCUACAUGCGGUGAUCCUGAUCUCCUGACUGGUGUUAUACGUGGCGAAUGGAAAUUAAACGGAUACAUAAGUUCGGACUGUGAUUCACUAGAUGUGAUGUUCAACUCCCAGCAUUGGGAAAAAACUCCUGAACAGAUUGCGGCAGAUGCACUAAUAGCAGGGUUGGAUCUCAACUGUGGGGAUUUCUUAGGCAAACACACGGAAGCUGCAGUUAAAGCUGGGCUAGUGAAAGAAUUGGAGGUUGAUAGAGCUGUUGCUAACAACUUUGCAACACUAAUGAGACUUGGGUUCUUUGAUGGUGACCCAAGCAAGCAUAUUUAUGGGAAACUAGGCCCAAAAGACGUAUGCACAUCAGCUAACCAGGAGCUUGCCCGUGAAGCAGCCAGACAAGGAAUUGUGCUGCUCAAGAACAGUCCUGGAUCCUUGCCACUUUCUCCUACAGCCAUCAAGUCACUAGCCGUAAUCGGGCCAAAUGCCAAUGUAACUAAAACCAUGAUCGGAAACUAUGAAGGUACUCCUUGCAAAUAUACAACUCUACUUCAAGGACUAACAGCAUCAGUGGCAACAGUAUACCAGGCUGGGUGUACAAAUGUAGGGUGUGGUACUGCCCAAGUAGAUGAAGCGAAAAAAGUUGCAGCUGCAGCCGAUGCUGUGGUUCUCGUUAUGGGUUCUGAUCAAUCCAUAGAGGCCGAGAGUCGAGACCGAAUUGACAUUACUCUGCCUGGUCAACAAAAUCUUCUGAUUACCGAGGUUGCAAGUGCAGCUAAAGGCCCAGUGAUUCUUGUUAUAAUGUCUGGAGGGGGAAUGGAUAUACAGUUUGCUAAAGAUGACCCAAAAAUCACCAGCAUUUUAUGGGUUGGGUUCCCUGGUGAGGCUGGAGGUGCUGCACUGGCAGAUAUCGUUUUUGGACAGUACAAUCCAAGUGGAAGACUACCCAUGUCAUGGUACCCACAAUCAUACACAGAAAAAGUAAACAUGACCAACAUGAACAUGCGACCCGACCCAGCCACAGGCUACCCAGGCAGAACCUACCGCUUCUACAAAGGAGAAACAGUUUACACAUUUGGUGAUGGAAUAAGUUUUUCAGAGUUCACUCACCACCUAGUAACAGCACCUAAGCUUGUAUCCGUCCCACUAGAGGAAGGACACGUUUGUAAAUCAUCAGCGUGCAAGUCAAUUGACACGGUUGAACAAACUUGCAAGAACUUAGCAUUCAACAUUCAUUUAAGGGUGACAAAUAGUGGGAAAAUGGGCGGAAGCCACACUGUGUUCUUUUUUUCAUCACCUCCAUCGGUCCAUGGUGCGCCGCAAAAGCAUUUGUUGGGGUUCCAAAAGGUGAACUUAGCACCAAGACAACAAGGUGUGGUUAAGUUUCAUGUGGAUGUUUGCAAGGAUUUGAGUUUGGUUGAUGAAGUUGGUACUAGAAAAGUUGCAUUGGGCCAACAUAUUCUUCAUGUUGGAAACUUGAAACACUCCUUAAACUUGAGGAUUUGAUGUGGGUGUUUUUUUUUUCUUUUUAUAAUUUUCCCACAAAGAAAAUAGUUCAUUUUUAUUGGUGGGUUGGAUUGUUGGAUGUCAUGAUUUAUUAAGAAAUUAAAGUCAUCGCAAGAUGCAAUUCUUAUUUUA